AACUCCCGCAAUGCACCGCGGCGCUGUUUCCUUCAGCAGGGGUAAAUAUGGCGGCGCUCUGAAAAGCAGCGACACUCAGAUUUAAUUUGGCUUUACACUGAAAUAAGAAGAUCUGGAUAGGAUGACCUGUGUGGCGGACAUUGCUGACCGAAGGUGGAGUGUCGCUGUUGCUGAGCGGCUGCUGGAGAGAUAACGGAGGAGAAACACAGCGAUACACCAAGAGAAUGUUUGGUGAUCUGUUUGAGCAGGAGGGGGAGGGUCUUGGGGACUCAGGUGUGUCGGCAGGGGUGCAUGCAGGUGGAGGUAAGGAGCGCGAGCCACCACCCCCCAGGGGACCCGUCCGGCUGAGCGGGAUCCGGAACCAGGGAGGAACCUGCUACCUGAACGCUCUACUGCAGACGCUGCUGCUCACGCCGGAGUUCAGGGAGCAGCUGUUCAGUCUGGAGCCACAGGAGCUCGGGGUCGUUGGGGAGGAUGGAGUGGACACUGAGGUACGUAUUAUUCCUCUGGAGCUGCAGAGGCUGUUUGCUCGGCUGCUGCUGCUGGACGAACAAACAGCUUCAACAACCGCGUUGACCGACAGCUUCGGCUGGACAAACCAUGAGGAAAUGAGUCAGCAUGAUGUUCAGGAGUUGAACAGGAUUCUGUUUAGUGCUCUGGAAUCUUCUUUGAUUGGCACGUCUGGCAGCGCUCUGAUCCAGCAGCUUUACCACGGAACGCUGGUCAACCAGAUCACCUGCAAGGAGUGUAACAAUGUCAGCGAGAGACAGGAAGAUUUCCUGGACCUGACGGUGUGUGUGCGCGGUGUGAGUGGCCUGGAGGAGGCGCUGUGGAGCAUGUUUAUUGAGGAGGAAGUGUUUGAGGGGAAUAAUCUGUACCGCUGCAGUCGCUGUGAACGGCUCGUCCACGCCACGAAGUGUGCUAAGCUGAGGAAGCUCCCUCCGUUUCUCACCGUGUCUUUACUGAGAUUCAGUUUUGAUUAUGAGAAAUGUGAACGCUACAAAGAGACAAGCAGCUACAGUUUCCCGCUCAGUAUCGACCUGUGGCCUUACAGCGAACAGUCGUCUCUGCCGGACUCUGAGUUUUGCUACGAGCUUUUCUCUGUUAUUAUACACAAAGGCGGCUGUUAUGGAGGACACUAUCACGUCUACAUCAAAGACAUCGACCAGCUCGGCUGCUGGGAGGCGCCGGAGGAGGAUGUGAAGGAGAAACAGACUCAGAGGAAAACCCAGACUGUGAAAGAAAGUGAUGUUGCCGUGGAUAUGGAGGAUCCUCUUUCUGUUCUGACUGCAGUUAUAGCUCAGGAAUCUUCUGGUAGUGUGAUGUUGGACCAGCUUGGCCAGAAGCUGAUGGAUAGAAUCGGUUUCUCGUGGAAUAAGAAGUUUAGGAAACAGUUUGGACCAAUUAAUAAGUUCCUGCGGAGCCACUCUGAUGUUUUCCUGUUGGUGUCAGACAGCUCCCGCGUGGCUCUGAACCCCAAACACACCAUCAACACCAACAUCCACACUAACGCUAACGGCCCCAAGAGCACCGUGGCAGAACAGCGGGGGGCGGGGCUCAGUGUAGUACAGGAGGCAGGGCAUGAGGCAGAACUCCGGUUGGGCACUGAGUCGAGCGGAAUGGGGGUGGAGUCUGAGAUCCAUUUGGGGGCGCAGCGUGAGAGCAGCUGCCACUGGUUCGAUCUCAACGACUCCACGGUGACGCCUAUACGAGAACGAGACAUCAGGAAGCAGUUUGAGGGGAAAGAGAGCGCGUACAUGCUGUUCUACAGGAAAAAAUCACUGCAGAGACCACCGGAGGCGAGCGGAAACCCUGCUUAUAAAGUGCCCCCCCACCUGCUGGAGAUGAUCCACGAGGAGAACGCUCGACUUCAGCAGAGACGGGCGGAGUUUGAUGCCAGCAGUAACAGUGUUGAGUUUCGGCUUCAUUUGGCUCCUUGUUACUGCACCCGGAAUGGAGCGCUGCAGCCGUUCAGCACGGACACCAGCGCCAUUGCCAUGACCUUUGACCGCAGGAAAACAGUGGGAGACCUACGACUGGCUGUUUAUCAGAUGCAGGAUCAGUGGGAGGGGGACAUGGCACUGACCAUCGCUAAACACUUGCCUGCAGGAUUACACCUGUACAACACACUCACAGAUGAUCAGCAGUCUCUAUACAGUGCUGGAGUGUCUAACGGUUCUGACUUGUUUGUAUGGAAUGGGAGAGAGGUAAACGGUGAGCGAGUGCAGAUCGGCACUGAGUGGGAGCCAGUGUUGCUAAACGUUAUGCGGCCAUGUGUCCAGCUGGACGCUGGCUGUGAGGCUGUAGAUGAAUCGGGUCUCCAGCGUUCCUCACAUGGGUUCCCUAGGGCACUCACGCUUAGCGACGUUCGGGAGGCGCUGGGCCAACAGGAGGCACUUGUGUGCCAGGAGGAGAAGGGGGCGGAGCCAGACGGAGGUGGAGCCAGUGGAUGGAGGGUGUGUUCCCCAGAAGCAAUGCGGAAAACCCUGCGUGAGCUCACACUCCGGGACGGAGACUCACUGCUGCUGCUCCCGCCCACACACGCCAGCGACAGUAUGUUCAGUGUGAAUGGCGAUUUGGUGACUCUAAUGACGCCCUCUGACUGUCGCUGGCUGCAAGUGCAGUUUUGGCCACAAACUGCAGCAGAGGAGGAGGAAGAGGGAAAGAUGAAGAAGAUUGUAGCUUCAGGAGACACGCUGCUGGGGGAAGUGAAGCAGAGAGCUCUAGAGCAGCUGCAGCUUCAGGAACGGCUCACAGGGGUGCCAUGCUGUUUGAGGCAGCUGGAUCGAACAGGAAAACUUCUGCCUCCCGUGCGUGAAGAACUGUGUUUGCGUGAUGCAGGUAUAAGGUUGAUGACAUCACUGUAUCUGUGUCCUGGACUCGCCCCCAAAUGCACUCAGCUGUUCCUGUACUGCAGAGUGAGCACAGCGCCCUCCAGUGAUCCGGAGCUGGAGCUCAUAGUGGAGGAAACGCUCUCAGUGAAGGAGUGUGUGAUGGAGAUGGCCCGAGCAGCCGGGCUGGAAGGAACCUGUUGGCAUGUGCGUAGGAUGGACUGGUGUGAGGAGGUCGGGGAACCUCUCAGGGAUGAGAACGCUUCUCUGCUGGAAGUGGGCGUUGCUAAUGGAGACACACUGGUGCUCACUGAAGGACAGCUGCCCCCCAAGGGCUUUCUGAAGCUGAUGGUGAGCUGGUGGUGGGGGAGGAGUGAAGAUCCGGAUGGUGAGUGUGUGCCUGCUGUUCCGGAGCUGAAUCGCAGCACUGAGAGAACACACACUGCAGAAAUGAUGAAGUCUGUUGGAUUUGUUGAAAUCUCUGAAGAAGCUUCACUGCAGGAUCUCAGGUGUCAGGUGCUGACUCUGCCUGCGCUUCUGGAUGUGUGUGUGCCAACACCUGAAUUUCUCAGAGUUUGGUUGGUGGAAGAUCAGAGACUCAGCAAGAUCCUCAGAGGAAACACACUCACUCUCAGGAAGCUGAAGGUGGUGUGCGGAAGUGAGGUUUGCGUUCAGAAGCUGCAGUGUGAGGAGAAUCUUGGGGUAAAGGAUGUUCUGUUGAGGGUGCGGAUGGGUGUGCCAGGCGAGAGGGCGUAUUACCCUUCUCAGGAGUUUGUUUGGGACGCUGGGCGAGACCCUUCCGCGAAGGGGCUUUACCAUUCACUCUCCUCCCUCUACGGCAUCUCCCCCGAAAACCUGCUGCUGGCCAAACACCUGCCUGAAAAACACACCUGGAUGCCCAUCCACAACUGGACUCAGCAGGUCUCCAAACGGAAGAAGAAGAAAAAGGUAGAGAGUCUUCAGGGAGCUCCAUAUUGCCUCAGAGAUGGAGACAUCAUCGGUGUGAAGAAUCUGCUUGUUGACUCUAAUAGAGAGUUCAGUACGCUGCAGGAUGAGGAGGCCCAGCAGAGACUCAGGGAACAAACAGAGAACUGCAGGAAAGAAGUGCAUGGUAAUGUCACUCAGGAGGCGUUGCCUGAGGGGAAGACCAGAGCAACUAAACACAGGAAGCCUGAAGUGGCCUUGUCCAUCAGUGUGGGAGUGUUCAGAUAGCACUGCCUCAAACCAGAAGCCACACCCACCAGAGUCAAACCAUCUUCAGCAGAACCCUCCACCCAUGGACGGGUCAGGGGCCCACAGGACAUCUGAGAACCAAUCAGAAUUCAGCACGAGGAACAGCAGAGGCUCAUGGGAAUUACUGUAGAGGCUCAUUGCUGAUGUGCAGAGACUCUUUCCCCCACCGUGCAUUGUGGGUAAAAUUUCUCACCUGCUGUUCUCUACUGUUCUACUGUUUUUUACUUUAUUAUUUUUUCAUUCUUUUGUGUUUUAUUUUCUGAGAAGUUUUAUUUGUUUUUUUUUUUUGGCUCUGGACAGCAGCACCCUCUACUGGAGAAUAAGAUGUUUUGUUUACGAGGCUGUGUGUGUAUUAGGAAUUUACCGAAGCUGUUAUUCAGGUUUCUGUUAAUGGAGUGUUUGUAAAGGUUCGGUGUAGGAGGUCAGUAACGGUUUCAUAUUGAAAUGUUGGUUCUAUGGAUGAACAUGUUCAUAAUUUCAUAACUUAAACUGGAUGCAGCAACGCUAACCAGGAAACGCCGGCAGUCACUGAGAUUUCUUACCUCAGAAGCAUUUCAGAAAAACAUCCAGCAUCACUUUUAAUUUAGAAUCAGAUCAGGAUUCGAUGAACUUCAGAAUCAAAGACCAUCGGAAAUAUACAUUUGAGGAAUAUGAAUGAAUGAGUUUAGGAUGUUGGGGUCAGUGUUGGACUGCCCUCGUGUUGGUGGGUGGAGCUGUAGUGAUGCUGUCGGGAGGGGGGAUCUUGUUUUUGACCCCUUCAAACUGUGUGCAGUUUUACAUCAAAAUAUUCACAGAGCACUUUCCCUAUAAUAAUAAUAAUAAUAAUAAUAAUAAUAAUGCACAUGACUGUGCUAGAAAAAGUCUAAAGUACUGUCACACACACACACACACACAAAUACACACACAGCUUUGUUUCAGCCUCUUUCUGUUUUUUUACGAUUGGGUAAAUAAUGAUUUGUGGGUAACAUAUAUAUUUAUAUUUUCACUGAGCUGAUCAUGAACAGUGUGCGGUGUUUCUGCAGGGCUGUACGUUUAUCACUUUAUUAGAGCUGAUUUUAUUAGAAUUGGGAUGAAUCUUGUUCCGAGAUGGUUUUGAGUUAUUAUGUCACUCUUUUCUAGAAAAAUUCCAGACAUAAAUACAGUUUGUUUUUUCUCAGA